GUGAGUGCCGGACUGCGGCAGGCAGCUCCCAGCCAUGUGUACGGCUUUCCCUUCAGACCCUGAGGGUAGCGGCUGUCCCUCAGAAAGCAUAAAGCUGGCCUAGAGUUCGGGUUCGAGUAAGAAACGAUGUGUCCAGGGACGUUUCCUAACUCUUUCAGCAUCGACCUUAAAGCGUCUUGCUAAAAUUAAUGCAGCAGGGUUGCAUACUGCCAGGGGCGAUGCCGUCUGUCGGGAGCCUGUAGACAUGCUCCAGGUCUCGGUACAGCCACUUGGAGAAGAUGACAGAUUUGGUGGCUGUUUGGGAAGUAGCUUUAAGUGACGGUGUUCAUAAGAUUGAAUUUGAACAUGGGACCACUUCAGGAAAACGUGUUGUCUAUGUUGAUGGAAAGGAAGAAAUAAGAAAGGAAUGGAUGUUCAAAUUAGUGGGUAAAGAAACAUUCACUGUGGGAGCAACCAAAACAAAAGCUACCAUUAACAUAGACGCUGUCGGUGGCUUUGCAUACGAAUAUACAUUGGAGAUCAAUGGGAAGAGCCUCAAGAAGUAUAUGGAGAACAGGUCAAAAACAACCAAUACUUGGAUACUGAGCUUGGGUGGGAAAGACUAUAGAGUUGUUCUAGAAAAGGACACUAUGGAUGUGUGGUGCAAUGGUCAAAAAAUGGAAACGGCGGGUGAAUUUGUAGAAGACGGGACUGAAACUCACUUCAGCGUUGGCGAUUACAGCUGUUACAUUAAGGCUGUCAGUAGCGGAAAACGCAAGGAGGGGAUUAUUCAUACCCUGAUUGUGGGUGACAGAGAAAUCCCUGAGGCAGUGGAGUAGCCUCCAGUUAACUGAUUACUGUAGGACUAAGGUCAGGAAUUCUCAAUUACUGUGGUAAUUAUUUUUAAUAUGUACUACUUGGUACAUCUAGGUUGUGCUGGGUUUAUUUUCUAGUUUCUGUACCUGAAAUGAUGAUUUUUGAAGGAGCAGAUGAAAAUAAUUCUGUAUCACCUCUUACAUGACCAGUUUUUAAAAAACUAUAUCUAUAUAGAAUAUAUAUGACAUCACUAAGUGCAGAGGACACUGGUGAACUUAAGUAGAAAUUAUAUACUCACUGUAAUAAAGAGAAAUAUUCAGUAAGACUGAAUCCUUAUAAACUGCAGAUGUAUGUAGAGUGAGGAGAAAACGUGCUGGGCAUUUGAAUAAGCUGUUCAAGUCUUUUCAGUAACUUUUUUCUAUUAAACUGACUGUCAACGUUUUUCAGUUAAGAAGCCUCUUCUCCAGUUGACUUACAAAGUUAAU